AUGAUGGCUCAAUUCACCAAGAGGCAGUGGCUCACGCUGAUCGUCAUCAGUCUUGCUGAUUUCGCGAACGCGAUCUGCGUUUCCCUUCAGGCACCGUUUUACCCUCAAGAGGCUGAGAAGAAAGGUGCAUCCCCCUCGGAAUAUGGAUUGGUCUUUGGGGUUUUCGAGCUGAUCGUCUUCAUAAUCAGUCCUCUGUAUGGACGAUACUUACAUCGUAUCGGGCCAAAGCUAUUGUUCAACGGUGGUAUCCUAACGACAGGAACUUGCGCUAUCUUCUUCGGUCUACUGGACAAGGUGAACGGUCAUUAUCCCUUCAUAGUCCUUUCGUUCGUGAUUAGGAUCAUCGAGGCGAUGGGAAAUGCAGCCUUUCUUACGGCUAGUUUCGCCAUUAUCGCCAAAGAGUUCCCGGAUAACGUCGCCACCACAUUUGCCAGCCUCGAAACCUUCUUCGGUUUGGGUCUGAUCGUUGGACCCACCGUGGGUGGUGCUCUUUAUCAGGUUGGUGGAUACACAACGCCAUUCGUUGUUCUCGGAUCAGCUCUGUUCAUAACUGCGGUUAUGACAAUUUUUAUAUUACCAGUUCAUCCUAAUAACAAUGAGGCUGCUCAGGAUACGGGAGGAGUGACCAGAGCGUUAAAAAUCCCAGGGGUGUUAAUUGCCACAGCGUCGAUAAUUGCUACCAGUAUGAGCAUAGGAUUUUUGCAGGCGACAUUAGAACCGCAUUUACGACAAUUUAACUUGAGCCCCGUUAUUUUGGGCUUAAUGUUCGUCAUUAACGGUGGCACUUAUGCCAUUACCGCCCCCGCGUGGGGUUGGUUUUGCGAUAAGCAUUUCCAUCCGAAGGUGGCCACUGUAGCCGGGUGUAUGCUCGUUGUGGUAGGAUUCUGUUUAGUCGGUCCAGCGCCGUUUAUACCGUGUCAAACCACACUCUGGAUGACCGUUUGCGGUCUCGUGGUUCAUGGGUUGGGCAUGGCUGCCCAGCUGGUUGCCAGCUUCACGGAUGCCUUGAGGACAUCGAUAUCCUACGGUUUCCCAAAUAAUCUGGAGACCUACGGUCUAAUCAGUGGACUAUGGACGAGUACGUUCGCCCUGGGUGCCUUUAUCGGACCCUGUGUGGCGGGAAUUCUCCUAGACAAUACUGGCUUCAGAAACGGCACCAUGUUCAUCGUGAUGCUCCAUUUAUUAGUGGGUAUAAUAGCUACGGUGUUCCUGAGCAGUUGCACGGGUAAACGAAAGCCGUACACAGAGGUGGGUGCCUCGGACGACCUAAGGGCGCCACUGAUCGAUAGCAGUCAGUCGAGGAACGGAAGCAUGCGAUAUGGUAGUCGCGGUCAGGGUGUACCGAUCGACAGGCCCAGCGGCAUGAAUUCUUUAAUCUCGUGCAACAGUUACUCGAACAGAGCUGGCGCUUGGUCCAGGGCAUCGUACAGUGGUAGAUACUCCCACAGUUACGGUUCCAUCGAGGCUAAAAGGUACCUGGAGAUAACCACGUGAUGCCGAUGGGUUUAGAACCGACGAACACCGAGGAAUUAAUAUCUCGGACAGGGUCGUGACUACGGUACCUUUUCCAUCACUGUCAGAAAUCAGCAAAGUUAAUCGUUAUGUUUCUUCGAUCGUAAUGACUAAUUUAAAUCAUCGUUUGAAGGGCUUUCACAGUUGCAACGUUUGAAGGAGUUUGAUAGUUAGACGUACCAUAGAUUGAUCAUAGGUUUGAAACAGUAUUCACCGAAGGCAGAUAUUAUCUCGAACGAAUACAAUGAAAAAUGUUGAUUUUUAAUUAGUAAAUAUACACGACCCUGGGAUUGACUCCUUGAUACAAAGGAGCUCUUGUGGAGUAUAUAAGAAUGUUCAAAGCGAUAGAAACCUCAUUUUUAUCAGUUUUUACUCAUCAAAGGCGCCAAAGAAAGCCGCGAUAGGAUUUGUACAUACACUCGCAUAUGCUCUUAGCCGUUUAUACUGUAUCGUAGUUGUGUGUCGCUCGUCAUUAGAUACCGUAGAAUACGUUGCUCAACGUUGUACGUAAUAAAAAGAAAGAUUUUUAUUUAACACGAAA